AACAGAAACACCUUCUCCCAACCAAACCUCCCAAAACGAAGAUGAAACAGUUCCAACGAAACCGAAAUCAUUCCUGGGUGAAAAAUGAAACGAAAGUUACUGUAACGAACCGUACAAUUGACGAAUGGAUCAAGCAAAGCAAAAAAAACACACGUAAAGUAACCUCAAACGAGAAGAUUUAACGUACCGGGUGGAGAUCUCGGAUCAAAACCGAAAUCAUCUAUCCCAUUUCGUUUGUUACUCGCUGCCCAAAACCCGCUUUGACGGGGGUCUCCCCAAAGUCUUCACCAUCUCUUGGCCCAUGAUGCACCGCUGUGAUUUGUUCUACUUCUGUCAAAAUUUCAAGAGAUGAAGGUUACGCAAUGUUGCCCAUUACGGUGUCCCUUGUGUGAUGUAUUUAUUUUUUGUUGGUAUGCUUAACUGUGUUGUCCGCUUGACAAGAUGAAAGCAAACGUUCGUAACGUUGGUAGCCGGAUGAAAGUCAUACCGAUUAUUACCUAAAAGGAUGGCAAAAAUGAACGUUAAAGUAAUGAGGAGUCAAUACAUAACAUCGUCUCGUUUUCGCUUUUCCGAUGGUAUAUUUAUUUAUGCAGGUAUUUCAGAGAAAAUUUCAUACCUUUCACUUCAUUCUGUACAUCAUGCUGAAUUUCGGGAAUAUUGAAAAAAUAAUUAUUUAACAUCUGUUUGUACGCAUCAAGAGCAGCAGUGUGCGAUUUGCUUAAAAAAAUCCAAAAGUAUUACUCCUACUUACAAUUGACAUGUUUGACACUUGACAAACUCAUUGCAGCACGGAAUCGUCACAUUAAGGUACCUCCUCAACGAGCGAAUCAUCGUGACAAUCGUCUACGACGCACUGUAACGCGACGUUUUUGACGAAAGAAAGCCUCCCUCAAAGAGGUGAUCCUUUCUCUUUCUGUGCCAGCGUUAAUACUUAGCGCCAUCACUCAGAUCCCCAAACCCUCGCUUUUGGGGUGAAUGGCAAACGAAACUGUAACAGCCAGAAUCUCUAUUCCCCGUCAGGUGCUCUCACUUUUUCGGAAGUGGAGCAAACGAACGUAGGGCAAACUAUAGGCCGCGCAAGUUGCUGUAAAUGCAUUGUGCUACCUUCAGCCGACCAUGGCGAUCGCCAUCGCAUCUCUGCGGAAAGUGUCGCCCAUUAAGUAAUCCCAAACCUUUCCCGGGGGAAUGGUGGCGCUCAAUGACGUAAUGGCUUCUACGUGGGGACCUCCGCACUCCUCCCCCCUCGACACCUUUCCCAAAAACCCGCCUUAAAGACGGUUGCGAGGUGCGCAAUUUAGGCAGAGCAAAUUAGAUUAAAGAUUUGGUGCGCACAACAAUGAGGCACUUCCCGCGCGCGUUAGGUGAAAUGUACCACUCGUACGUAGUGUUUUGCUUUGAUUUCUUUCACUACUUUUCUGCACAGAUGAAACCAAAGUCGACGGUGACGACGAGUGCGAGUAAAAGACUCCCUCUCCUGCGGAGGAGGGGGUAAAGAAGUUUAAUCGGCGUGCAAUCGCUUUCCAGCUCGGGCCACAACUGGGAGCAAGCAAACGUUAGGUUGAAUAAUCGCUAAAACGCCAAGGUGGGGAACAAACCAAAUUGAAGCCGAUUACCAUUAGCCCGGACGGUGCACCAGCGUCUGAUGCAGCACUCUAUGCAGUGGCCGGUAGCGAAAUGGCACGUGGACUUUUAAUGGGAAAGGGUGAAAGAAAUUCGACACCUGUGCAACGAAUUCGCAUUUCGGUGCUAUAAGGCCGGUGCUCCGGUGAGAGCGUCCUCUGGUGGGGAAGUCUUACAUACUUUUGCGGCUUGCCGCUUCCCCUUGAACCAGCUGAUCUGCACUAUAUAACGAUCCAUUUCUUCGGAAGGAAGCAUCAGUGAUCUUUCGACAGCUCUUGCAACCACAAGCCACGAAACCACUAGCAAUGAAGGUAUUCAUCGUUCUAGCAGUGAGCAUCGCCAGCUUGGCUGGUAGCGGGUAUGCCGCCCAGCCGGCCACCGACAAGAAAAAGACCUUGGAUAAACGAAGCCCCUGGCAAUUUGGGUCCUACUACAGCGGAUUUGGAGACAGUUUAGCGCGAUCGGACGAUGUACAUGCGCACGGGGCAGGAUCCGAGCAGCACUUUGGUGGUGGCUGGCAUCAGGAAUAUCAACCUCAGCAACAACACUGGGGUCAGGGUGGCAUCUCCGGCCAUGAAUCAAAGUCACUGAGCCAUCCGGUUCACGAAUGGCAUGCUGAACCUGCACCACAGGUGCACUUUGACGAACACGCUCAACAACCUCAGUACCAUUACGGUGGCUCGUUCCAACAGCCCAAGGUAGAGCAAUCAUUCGGAUGGCACCAUCAGAACCUGCAUGACGAAGAUUCGAAGGAUUGGGGAUUGCAGCAUCAGCAGCAACAGCUACACCAAGCGGGAGGAUCUUCCCAGGAGUGGCAUCAUGAUGAAUCAAAGGAGAAGGAUGCCGGUCAUGGUGAUUGGGCACCGCUUUCGGCCGGUAGCUCCGACCUGCACAAGGAACACUCCGCUCAGUCGAUCGCGACAGAAUCCAAGGAACACCAUCACCAGGAAUGGGCACCGAUCGAGCCGAAGACUGAGGAGCAUCACGAUGGGCACCAUCACACCAAGAUUAUCAAGGUACCGUACCCGGUGCACAUCGAGAAACCAUACCCCGUGUACAUUGAGAAGCCGUUCAUCGUGGAAAAGCCUGUGCCUCUGAAGCUGUACAUUAAGAAGAAGCAUCAUUAAGUGUUGAAAAAUAUAAAACACAGUUAAAUCAAGUCAUGUCAGAUAGGUUAAGUAAAGAAACCCUUGUUACUGUAGUAAUAAAAUAAAAAAAUAAUAAUGUCUAAUAUAUUGAAGUAUUCUUAUUGAUAAGGAUGUGAUUGUUGAAGUUGUUUAUAGCAAACUUACAGCGAAUAAAACUUUUUUAUGAUUUCUUGAUUCUUGACUCCUGAUUUUGAAAUUCUUAAAUCAUUUUAACCUUCAGGGCUCCAUAUGGGGAGCUUAUGGGGUAGUUCUGGAUUCUAUGAGUGAAUCCUUGAAGAUGGCAAACGAAGCUGACGUAGCCAUAUUUAAUUUACAGCUAUUCUAU